CACCGGGCUCUGACAGAGGGAGCAGCGCCCGGCUCCUCGCAGAGGGCUCUGCGCCCCGAGUCGAGAUCUGAGUCGUGUUGCCGUGACGCAGCGGGGCAGGCUUUCCAUGACAGCGGGGUUUUGGAGGCACCCGGCCCCCCGAGCCCAAGGGGCAGCAGGGAAACGGGGAGCAAUGCUGGCAUCCCCGCAGCCUCCCCUUUUCUUUUUCCCUUCAUUCAUCCCUCCUGGCCCUGCUCUGGGUGAUUAAGGGUGGAAGGACCUCAAAACGAGGAUUAAACAGGCACAGGAGGCAGUGUGCCUGCAGGGAACCCUGCUGCUUCUCCAGCCUCUGGAGGAGAAGCUCGGCAUCGUCCUGGGGAGCUGCUGCACGCCACACCUGGCGAGGGGUUACAGCCCCUGUGCUCAAACCGUGGUGGCCCACACGGCCUUUUUCAGGCACCCAGCACGAUUUGCUGCUGUAAUUCUCCCCAGGGGAUGCAUCCUUGGUGGUACCCUCUGAGGGUGGGCACUUUGGGGAGUUUUGCGCCCUCUGUGCGCAGGAUGGUCUCCUCUGGAUCCUUCAGGCUAGACGAGAUGGUUUCACGUCGAGGUGGCUCCACUGGGCUGCAGAUCCUCCCCCAGCUCCUCUCUCAAGACCAGGUGCCAUUCAGCCCCUUAUCCACCCACCCUGCGUGGCUCCGGGUGGGAUGCCCGGCGAUGGGGGAGGCAGGGGGGUGCCAGCAGCCCCGGCCCCACUGCUUUCACCUCUCGGCACAGAGCUCACCUCCCCACUUUCGGUUUUAUGUGCGGUGCCACUGUCCCCGACUUUCCACUCUGCGGUUUCGUGUCAGGCUUUUUCUGCUCGAGUUGGCUGAAAGUUGUUAAAAACACCCCAUGUUUGGUGGCAGCUAUCGAGAGAGAUAAGUGUACCUGGGGUUUUGUCAGCUGCUGAGCUCGGCAUUUUCGGUGGGUUUUGCUUCCAUUAUUCCUGUGCUGGGCCAAAUCUCUGCUGAUUCUGCCCCAUUGCUCUGAUAUUGGUGGUCCUGGCCAGCAUGGAGGUUUUGCAUUUUGAGCCUCUCUGCCUACGGAUGGAGCAGCGAUGACAGCUUCAGCAGGGAUGGGAGCUUGCCCCGUGCCCAAGUCUUGCAUGCAAAACGCAUCAGGAACAGCUGCCUUGGCUUUGCUUUGGGGAACUUUUCACCUCUCCAGGUGUGGCACAGCAUCAGCAGAGCCAGUGGAUGCAGGGAGUGGGCUGGGGUGGUGCUGCUCACGCGGGAGCAAAGGUUCCCGUCUCCAGGCACCAGGAUGUGACUUUGCACCCACGGUGUGGGGCACCGAGAGCUGCUCACGUGGCAACACCCAGAAGCUGCAAGCUUGACCUUGGCCAUCACCGCUUCCCCGGCUCCAGGCAGGACCAUGAGGACAUGGCAGAAGAUUUUUGCACAGAAGAUUGCGGACAUGGAUGUGGAGGAGCCGUGGAUAAUUCAGGAGGAUGGCAGCCUGCAGGUGCACAACCCCGAGCACGGCCGGAGGGAGUAUUUGCAGAAGCAUGCAGCCGGGAGGUUCCAGUGCUCCCAGUGCUUACACAAGUGGUCCUCAGCCAAGGUGCACAUCCUCUUCCACAUGCGCCGGGGCAAGGUGAGGAUGCGAAUCUUCCGGCAGAGCUGCCGGCGCUGCCCCGGCGCCCCGCUGGAGGAGCCCAGUUUCAGCCAGGAGAACAUGGAGAGGAUCCUGCACAACCUGGUUCUUCAGAUCCUCAAGGACUUCUACAACGUGCCCGUGCAGCCCUCUGAACUCCUGGAAGUGGUGGUGGACACCGUGCCGGCGGGACCACACGACAGCAGCCACUGCGAGGGCUGCCGGCUUGGGGUUUGCACCAAGCCACUGGUGGCCCCAAAGACACCAACCUGGAAGCCCAGGAGGCAUCUGGGCACGGCCACGAGCCCUCCACUCCAGCUCUUCAGCGGCAGCUUUCGCAAGCAAUGUUGCUUUGUGCUCCUCUCUGUAUUUAUUUUGGCUGUGAUCCUCUUCAUCGUGCUUUUUUUCACCCUGAAGUAGUGGGAGCUGGGGCUGGCAAAGGGCAGCCGGGGUGAUGGCUGUGGGGAUGGGGAUGAUGAGAGUGGUGGAUGGAAAUUUGGGUGCCCAGGGCCAGCCUUUUUCCCCGUCUCGAGGCCUCCCCAGCACACAGGGGUCAGGGACGGCCACCACCACCCUGCUUGGGCACCUUGGCCCCAGCUUGGGCGAGCCUGGUGGGUCUGAUGGCUUCUUUUGGGACGACCCCCCCAAAAAAAAAGAUGGAGUGUACCUGCAAGAAUAAACCAGCUCUUUGUCCUCA